UUGUUAUUUGUGAGAGCAGUGUAGCGCGGUGGAGCUACUUGUAACAUAUUGUUGCCAGGGUAGAUUUUUCCCCUGUGCCUAUUGGUUCGAAAGCAGGUCCGGGUCCAGCCUCCCAUCAACUCGUCAUUGAACAGGUGGAACAGGAAGCCAUCAUUGCUUUCAAAGCUGUGUGCAGGGCUAUAAAAGCACAACGUCCUGCAAGGGGACAGUUGAAGUCUGGUGUACAACCAAACAUAUACUGUAGAUCUACAGAGACAUCAUGAGAGCCACUGCAGCCGUCUUACUGGUCCUCUGUCUCCUGGCCCUGAGUCAUGCAUGGGACUGUCAGGUGGUAGUAAACAUCAAUAAUCUGAUGCAGAUCGAUGCAGGACUGGGACAAGUGGUUGCAACGGACACAAGUCAAAUCCCCUACUACCUGGUAGGUGAUAAAUGGAUCCGCCUGCCUGGUUCCCUGAAGCAUAUCACUGUAGGACCAGCAGGGAUCUGGGGUGUCAACAAGGAAGACUCGAUCUACAAGUAUGUGGCCGGUAACUGGGUGCAAGCUGCAGGCCUUCUGAAGCAGUUGGAUGCUGGAGGUAACCAGUUUAUGGUGGGGGUCAACAUGGACGAUACUCCAUUCUGUCUGACAAGUAGUGCCACAGUUGGCUACAAGGGUCCAGGCUCACCCACUUCAUGGACAAGAUUGCCAGGAGCUGUGAAGUACUACAGUUGUGGACCCUUUGGGUGCUGGGCAGUCAACAAGAAUGAUGAUAUCUUCUUAAUGAUUCUGAAUCAAGACUGCCAAAACAACGAUUGGAGUCACAUUGAUGGCAAGCUUUCCAUGAUUGAGGUGGCAACUAAUGGUAGUGUCUUUGGGGUCAACUCUUCGGGUGACGUUUUUACCAGAGACGGCAUCACAGCCAGUAAACCAGAGGGCACUGGAUGGCGUAAAGUCCCAAUGUUCUUGCGGAUGAAGCAUGUGACCUACGACCUGGAACAUCUUUGGGUCGUCUCCAAGUCUGCCGUCACCAUGGUGUGCACACCUUAGCCUCUCCUCUGCAUCUGAAAACUAUUCGGCAUCUGACAAGUUCACUUGCUAACUCAUUGAUAUCUUUUUCUGGAAAAGCCUCCUGCUUGACAAUUGUGGACAUUAGUUCAUAACAAUCCUUCAUUCUAAAACGUAAUGCUUUAAACUAUACUCUUUCACUACUUUAUCUAAUAGUUCACUGACUGUAUUGACAUGUUUUCAAACACAAUUGACAAGUAACAGCAUUAUAAAAAUGUCUUGAUCAACACUUCAAUAGAGCUUUGCCAUGAAUGCUAUUUGAUCGUAGGGGAAACUUGGGCGUGGUCAUGUUACUCACAAUCCACAUGGGUUUUGCUGGGCUUCAUAGGUCAUCAAUAGGGUUGGAUGUAAUCCUUGUCAUUGCUUAUUUUAUAUAUUAUAAUGAUUUAAUCAUUUCCAGCUAAAAUAAAGCAUUCAGUGUAAAACCCA